GUUCAAUUUAAAACGACAAAGCACAUCCGGUUACUGUAUCCGGCAUGUGUCAAGGUUGGUAACGCGGCGUCGUCCUUUACAUACCGACGGCGACUGCGUUGCGCAGUUUACGAGUGGUCGAUCAACAGGAUGGGGUGCGGACCCAGCAAAGAAGUGGAAGGCCGUGUGUACACUCCAGUGCAGACACAACCACCGCCUGAACCUGUGGCACAUCCCCUUCGUGCGGCAGUGCCGAAGCCCGUCGUGGCCAUGGCGCUGCCUACCCCCGCGUCGGUGCCACCGCCCGUAAUCGUACCCAAAGACAAUCAACUGAUCAGACAACAACAGAAGCAGCUCGCGCAAACGGGCACUGUGACGUUCACCGAGUUCAAGGAUGGCGAAAAGGUUGUCGUGGACUCGAUCUUGGACUCGAAGAUCCACUUGCGAAUGGCGGCAAUCAACUUUAAGGAACUCAAGCUGCAAAAGAUCAUUGGCCAAGGCGCGUUUGGCGAAGUGAUCAAGGGCACAUACCACGGCACGCCCGUUGUCGUGAAGCGUAUGGUGCGGCAGAAGAUAGACCCGGACAACAUUCGCAUGUUUGCCGACGAGAUUCAGCUCAUGAUGAACCUUCGUCACCCCAACAUCGUCCAGUUUAUCGGCGCCAGUUGGAACUCGUACUCCAACAUCUGCUUUGUAACCGAGUUCCUCGACCGCGGUGACUUGUACUCGGUGUUGAAGAACCCGCGCAUCCAGCUGUCGUGGAAGCAACCCCUGCUGUCCAUGGCCAUCGACAUCUCCCGCGGGAUGGCGUACUUGCACUCCAUGGACCCGCCCAUCAUCCACCGCGACCUCAAAAGCAUGAAUAUCCUCGUCAGUUCGUCGUUUGGCGCAAAGAUUUCCGACUUUGGGCUAAGUCGGGAAAAGGUGCUGGACGACACGAUGAGUGUCACCGGUACGCCGCUGUGGCUGCCGCCAGAGAUGAUCCGCGCCGAGCGGUACUCGGAGAAGGCCGACGUGUACAGCUUUGGCAUCGUGUUGACUGAACUCGAUACUCGCCGCAUCCCGUACCACGACAUCAAGAACACUGGCACGUCCAAGAAGCGCGUAGGGCUCUCCCCCUCUAGCGGAACAUGAAGAUGUUGAUAUGCUAUAUGAUUGCUAGAUUGCCGGCAGCACGCUCAUGCACAUGGUCGCAUACAAGCAGCUGCGACCCAACAUGAGCGCGACGUGCCUCGACAGCGUGCGCGACUUGUUUGUCCGGUGCACGUCCGACGACCCCGACAUGCGACCGACGUUUGAAGACAUUAUGAUCGACCUGGAAACACAUGUCAAGCGCGAGAUUCUGCAGCGCGCGGUGAACGACGCGAUUCUCGUCGACCUGAACGACCCCCUUGUCGCACAAGAGCUAGGCGUCAACCAUGUGACACAGUACACGGACAACUCGGAGUGAUUGAUCGCUGCUGCAUCUGGAAGUUGCCGUCGUGCAUAGCAGUCGUUUACGAACAAUUUAUGUAUAUGUGUGGUCACCCAAGUACAUACUGUAGCAUGCCAGUGACUGCCGAUAUACUGGCGUGGCUGUAUUUCGUUCGACGGGAUAGUGAGCCUUGCACCAAGUUAGCUAGCUAGAAUCGGCACAAGGAUGCACCAAAGGAAGGCGGCGGUAGAUGCUGAUUGUCAUGUCAGGGUUGCCUGGGGGGAUGAAUGGACGGUGGACGUGCGCCUGCCUUCAUGCGGCAUGGCGUUCCUUUCACGUCAAAGAGCGUUUUCCGCGGAUGAGGAUGCAGAGGAUCGACGUGUGUGUGUCGUUGCAGUCGGUUGGGCGUCGUCGCACGGAUUGCUGGGUUGUUCGAUUUCUCACGACGGCCAGAAGUGGCCUCCCCCAGACGAAGGAAAUCGCGCAUGCACUUCGU